UCAGAAGAGCUGCCCUCCAAGCAGCGUAUAGCAAUAAUCAUCUUAGCAUUGCAGAGCUGGAAGGGACACUUAACAAAUCGCCCAGAUGUGGAUAGCAGCUAAACAGUUUGUUUCCUACAAAUCAGUAAGUUUAAUAUACCACGAUCUGGACUUUAGUUCACACAAAUCUAUGGAAGGCUCAGUCAGCUUCUGUGCCUGGAAUCACAUGUGACAUCAUCAUCUUAGUCUUAGGUUUCCUUAUGGUUAGGCUGACGCUUUUUGCUCUUACCCACAGAGUGCUCCUGUUCGAGUAUGAUCAAUGGCAAAAUGAUUUCCACCGGCUCCCAAACAGAACUGUUCUGUAUAAUUUUCAGUGGGUUCAACAUAAGGAUUAAAAGAAAACUAUGAAGGUAAAAGGAGGCCACUGUAAACAAACCCAACUCCCUUCUCCAGAACAGAUGUAACCUGUGCAGGGGCUGCCAAGGGCCCCGGCAUACAAGACUUUCCAGCAGAGUAGACAGAACCUUCAGUGACUCUUGACCUUGAGGUCUUUCUUCAUUUUGGGAACUCCAUUGGUCAGUUCCCCUUCUUGGGAAACCUCCGUGAUAGCCAUGUUGACACCUUUGAGGCCUCCCCCUGCCCCAUGUUGUUACUGCAGAUUAGCUUGGUUGCAUUAACACUGCUCAGAAUGUACAGUAGCUGCCAACCUUUAGGCUGAAGGAACCAGCUCAAGGCUUUGCCCCCCCCCCUCCCGUUGGGUUCUGCGAUGGGUCGCUUAGAUGACCAGGCCAAGAAGCGGAUUGUGGAGUUGCGCAAAGCCGGUUUGAGUUUCCGCAAGAUCAAAAAGGUGCUGGAGGUGGACAAUAUCCGCGUCACGCCGCAAGCUAUCUACCUGUUCUUGAAGCGCAAGAAUGUCCAGCCCAGCGCCCCCUCGUCCGGUUCCGAUCCUCCGCCAGGCCUCAAGAAAGGAAGCAGAGAUGCUGUCUUAGAUCAGGUCAGCUGGGAGGAGGAGGAGGAGGAUCAGUGCUGGAAGCUGCCCCCGGAAAAUGAAGCUGGGCACGCCAGGCAAAGAGAGGAUGAUGUCUCCGCGGCAGGAGUCAGCCUGAGCUGUGAGAUGCCACUUUGGCAUGACAGCCGAGGUGAUGAGGAAGGCAUCAGAAUCGUUGGGGUGGCUUCCUUGAACCAAGACGAAGGGCAGUUUGGAAGGCAGAGCGCUACACGUGGAGGCUUCUCCAAGGGAUCGCAACCAGGCUCAAAUACUGGUGGCAGCUGCCCAGUGCGAAAGGACUCGGGCAGCGACUUUGCUCCUGUUGCACCUGCAGGCGCUCAGCCGAACAUGAAUGGCAAAGGAACGCUGUUUCUGCCACCUGCCAGGAAUCCUGCCUUGAUCUGGAAGAGAAAGAUAGUAGGCCGGGCCAUCCAUCUGCAGAAAAAGGCAAGUGGGCACGCUCCGUCCAGUUCUCCUCUCAGCCUGCCUUCGGCGCCGAGGGUGCAGCCAGCGGCUCCUCGUUCCAGGGCGACUGUGCCUGCGACGACAGCAUCGCUUGGCUGCGGCGCGCAAAGCAAAGACGCGAGCGCUCAGACGUCCGCGUGGAUCCCCACCUGCUCUACAGGCCACCCCAGCGCUCAGUGGGGAAGUCCGGUGGCCGUCCCUUCGCUCUCCCCUGCCAGCCCUCAUCCUUUCGCAGAGAAACUGGAUGCCGUGCACGCUGAGGUCCAGAAGCUCACGCAAGCUGUGCAUAUGGUGUUGGAGCGCCAGUGUCAGCUCGAGCGCCAACAGGAGCAGCAGCAGCGUUUCCAGCAGGAGGUGCUCGUGACGUUGCAGCAGCUGAGCUCCAUGAUCAGCCACCUGGCCGUGCCAAACAACGUCACGUGUGCCCCUUACAGCAGUAUAUCUGAACCAUCUCCUCCUUUGCCAAACUUCAGCCAGUUCAAGAUGGAAUUUAUCUGAUUAUUUGGCUAGAGCCGUGGAGAACGCAAAGGGGCCCUUGGAGUGGUCCAUAGUUACCUCCUGGUGGGUGCACUCUGGCCAUGCCUAGAGGAGAUGCUGCUCCAGGAUCUACUCUAAGCCCACCCCAAUUCUGCUAAAAUAAGUUGUCUUCCAGCCUCUGGCCUGGUUGGAUGCUCUAUAACUCAAGCAGGGAAGUAGGGAAUGAUGUGCAAGCUUGAACUUACUUGCGCAUCACCUGUGUCUUAGAGGGGAUAUUUUACACAUAUUACAAGGGAGGCUUUUAGUUGCAUUGUAGUGAAUACGGGACAGGGAGCAAAGCAACAGAGCUAAUGCCAGCUUCCAAAAGGAGAGCAGUCGCCCUCUGGUCCAAAGUGGGCAGAAACGUGCCUUUGUAAGAGUGAACUCUUGUCGGACGAGUCCUCUUGACAGUGUGAUGGAAGAGUUAGAAUAUUGGACUUUGGAGACCCGUGUGCGGGUUCUAAUUAAACCAUGACAUUCACGGUUUUUCAGGCAAUCCUACAGGGAUGUAAAGUCAGGAGGAGGGCCAUCAGCAGAUUGAAGGAAAGGUGGACUAUGACCCUUGCUGCUCCAGUUUGCCCAUUGGAGCGCUGGGUUUCUUCACCCACCUGCAUACCUGGAAGGUUAUGUUAGCUUUGUUUUGCAUCUAAAGGAAAGGUGUGAAGGCAGGGAAACAUUGUCAUCAGCAUCAUUUUGUAAGCACUGUUUUGCAGGGCAGUGAGAAAAGCAGGCUAAAACCCCUGUGAUGAUGAUGAGUCCCCCCUCCAGAUCCCCAAGGGAACGGCAGGUAUAGCUGUGGACUCGUUCUUUUGCUGGAGAUUGUGCAAACAUUCGGAUCUUUCUUUCUCAGGGCUUGAGAUUCCACCACUCGCAAUAAAUUGUCUGUUUGUAUACA